AUGGUUUCUUUCACCACGUUUCUCGCCUGUUUAACUUUCACCACUGUCGCACUAGGUGAUAAAACAACUCCGCCUUCCAAAGAAUUUGUUGUAUAUUACAGCAAACCUGGCGACGGGAUGGCCGAGCUAUAUCAGCGACGCCGAAAGAUCGAAGCGGCUCUUGAAUCACAAGAAUGGAAAGAUAACAGGUUGGAUACGCAAUGA